AUGUUAAAAAGGCCUGUUGUAACCUCUAAUCGUCUUUCUCCGCUAAAUACCAACACACAUACAUUUAGAAAGAGGCGUGAAUUGACAGAGGAUCAAAAAUCAGAGGUUAAGGAAGCUUUUGACUUAUUCGACACUGCCGGAUCUGGUCGAAUUGAUGCGAAGGAGUUGAAGGUUGUUAUGAAGGCCCUGGGAUUCGAUCCUACCAAGGAAGAUAUUCGCUCAUUGAUGAAUAUGGCUGACAAGGAUGGAUCAGGAACCAUUUCAUACGAAGACUAUUUCUCACUAAUGAGCACGAAACUUUUGGAAAGAGACCCAUUGGAGGAGAUGACAAAGGCGUUUCAGCUAUUUGCAGAUCCUAGCACAGGAACAAUUAACUUUGAAAGCCUAAAAGGAGUAGCUGAGGAACUGGGAGAAAUAAUAACAGAUGAAGAGAUAAACCAAAUGAUAACAGAAGCAGACAGAGACGGAGACGGAGUGAUAAACGAAAGCGAAUUUAUAAGAGUAAUGAAAAAGUCAAAUUUGUUCUAA